AUGCUGACGUUACCAUAUGGUACGGUAAUUCUGGUGGUGAGGACAAAUAUUCUCCGGAAGAAAUGGACAAACGUGGCUUCUUCCUUGUGUUGUCGUCUCCCACUCUCCGUAUAUAAAUCCACCGUCCCACUUACGCCGCGGUCGCUCGGACCGGGUGGCCUGGACUUGACCCGGGCCUUCUUCAAGCCCAUCCAUAACUCCGAUCCUCCCACCGCGUCCAAUCGCCGGAUCAAGGUAACCGUCGUCGGCGUCGGAAACGUCGGCAUGGCUAUUGCUCAGACCAUCCUCACACAGGAUCUCGCCGACGAGAUCGCCCUCGUCGACGCCAAGCCCGACAAACUCCGCGGCGAGAUGCUCGAUCUCCAGCACGCCGCCGCUUUCCUCCCCCGCACCAAGAUCUUCGCCUCCGUCGAUUACAACAUCACCGCCGGUUCCGAUCUCUGCAUCGUCACCGCCGGCGCUCGUCAGAAUCCCGGAGAGUCCAGGCUCAAUCUCCUCCAGAGAAACGUCUCUCUCUUCCGCCAGAUCAUCCCGCCUCUCGCCGAGCACUCCCCCGACUCCCUCUUACUCAUCGUCUCCAACCCCGUCGAUGUUCUGACCUACGUGGCCUGGAAGCUCUCGGGUUUUCCGGUCAACCGGGUCAUCGGGUCGGGCACCAAUCUGGAUUCCUCCCGCUUCCGGUUCCUGAUCGCCGAUCAUCUCGACGUCAACGCUCAGGACGUGCAGGCUUACAUCGUGGGAGAGCAUGGAGACAGCUCGGUGGCUCUGUGGUCGAGCAUAAGCGUAGGAGGAAUUCCUGUACUGAGCUUCCUGGAACAGCAGCAGAUUGCGUACGAGAAACAAACCCUAGAGAACAUUCACAAAGUGGUCGUGGAGAGCGCCUACGAAGUCAUCAACCUGAAGGGUUACACUUCCUGGGCAAUCGGCUACUCGGUGGCCAGUCUGGCUCGGACCCUUCUCCGUGACCAGCGUAAGAUCCACCCAGUCACCGUUCUGGCUCGAGGGUUUUACGGGAUCGACGACAGGGAUGUGUUCUUGAGCCUGCCGGCUCAGCUGGGUCGCAACGGGGUGAUCGGGGUCACGAAUGUUCAUAUGACGGAGGAAGAGGCCCAGCGACUCAAGAACUCGGCCGACACAAUCUUGGAGGUUCAGAGCCAGUUGGGGCUUUGAGAGAAGAGUGGUGUGUGUUUAUUUAUUCACGUUUUCUCUGCUAAUUUGCAUGUUAAUGGGAUCUCUGUCUCUGUCUACGCUUCCACGGGUUUUGCCCUAAUUCUCAUCAUCUCUACGUUAUCUACAGAACUCGUGCCGUGUCUCCUUUAAGCGAACUCUUAGUUUCUGAUAA